AUGCAAGUGCAACCAACUCAGAUGACACACAAAGGGGUGGUUAUCCGCAGCGCCAACAAGAGCACUGACACUGACCUGCUGGGUCAUGAUGCCUGGGUGGCGAGAGUGGAACACAACGAUCACAACACACUAGACGAAUGUCUUAGUGUAAUCGAAUUUCAUUCGGGAAGUUUGCGGCAUUUGCGACUGAGCGAGCCCAGGUUUCGAGACACUUAUCCUGUAAAGCUCCGUGACAUUUGGACAAGCUCGUCGCGUGCGAUUGUGGCAGAGUCUUCUAGCCCUGCGCAUGCUGUGGCCCGCACAGGCUACCAGAGUUUCGGCAGUCUUUUUGGGCCCCACUAUCGGAGGUUGGCUGCACUUGCUGCACAUGUAUGA